AGAACGGCGUCCAAUGUAAACAAUAACAAAACCGAGAUGACACUUCUCAAUCCUUAUCGAGUGAGACGAAAAUUAAACAAAUACUAUUCAUACAUUGUAUUCCUGCUCGUGGUAUGGAUUCUCUGGUAUGGGGAUCUGUUUAGCUUUCAUUGGCAGAAGCCUUUGGACCCUUUAGAUGGCGUUCCAAGGAGUGUGGUCGGGGAAUUGAUUGAAUUGAGGAGGCAGGUCAGACAGCUUAAAACAGUUCUUAAACAACAUAGGAUCCCAGAAAAAGAAUAUUCAGACCCCUUUUUAACGACCAUCUAUGUCAUCACGCCAACAUAUGCCAGGCCUCAUCAGAAAGCUGAACUUACAAGAUUGAAGUCGGUGUUUCUCCACAUUCCGGCAUUGCAUUGGAUCGUAAUUGAAGAUGCAGAAGCGAAAACUGAGCUCGUAACACGCUUCUUGGAGACAUCAGGGCUUGAAUACACUCACCUCCACCAAGCCACACCACCAGCAUGGAAACUGAAGGAGAAG